AUGACUCACAGAGGUGUGGAUUAUGUGGAAUCUGCUCUUCAGAAUAUCCUGAGGAAGCUGGAGUGUGAGAAGAGCGAAGACAAGCUAUGCAAUUUGCGGAAGGCAUUUGUUGACGUAGCUGUAAAAUCUGAUCGACCGCAAUUAUUACUUGGAGAGAUAGCGCAAAUUGCUCUACAAAAUGUAGAAAAUUGCCCACUGGCAAUUGUGCAACGAGUGUGGAAGUAUGCCGAAAGCAAAGGAAUGUUUUUGGAACAAUCGAUGCCGAAUAAGUUGUCAGAAAAGCAAGCAGGAGAUAUCUAUGAUGACCUAGCGAUGGAUACAGACGGGAAUAAUAAUAGUAGUCGAAAUGAGAGAGAUUGCUCUGUUAGGCUGAUGGCUCUUGCGGCCAAUUUAGCAGUGAAGUGCAAUGAUCCCAGAUUGGACAAAAUUACAAAGGCGCACAUAAUUCGUCAGUUGUCUAGCCUCUACAUACAGGAGCAGAACUUCCAAGCAGCAACGGAAGCAUUGAAUGAAUCGUUCAAACUGGAUCCAUUGAACCCUUUUCUUCACUACCUCUGGGCUCAAACUUGUAUUUGCCAGGGCGAUUUGGCCUCUCUGGAAGUCCAAAUUGAGCGUCUUUGGAAAAAUCCGCUGUUAGAACUGGACGCCAAGAUCGAAAUCAUUGCUAAUUGUGUUCUUAAGUGUUUUGAACGUGACUUUAAAAAGGAGGGAACUAACAUAGCUUUGAAAGUGAUCAGAGAUUUGCCUUCGAAAUGCAACUCCGCAAAGGCAAUCAGUCUCGGUAUGAUGUUGCUGCAAAAGGGACAGUUUGAUGAUAGCACUGAGAAUGUUCUGGAACUUUUGAACAUGAUUCAGGAUAUGAUUGAAGAUAAACUUUACUUACAAGGCAUGUUUGGUAAAUUUUUCACAGAAUUCGUUUAA